UAGUCGAAGGAAGCAUUGGCGCCACUCGCCUUGCAGUGUUUUGAAUGAAGGAGGACCGCAAGUUGCGCAAGACGCAUCUAGAGACAAUCAAGCAUCCUUAUUGGGAACUACUAGAACCGUUUUUGCGAUAGUGUUUGUAUUAUUGGUUUGUUGUAGGCUAUAUUUUACGCCUCUAUAGUGAUAUGUUGUUACCGUGAGCAGCUUAUAGCCUGCAAUAAAAAAGCUUCGACUUCUACCUCAACCCAACGGUCACCCAACAGAUAAGGACACAUGCAGAAGCUUACAGAUGGACUGGCUCACACCAGAGAUAUGAAGUGUGUUAUGUGAAGCCAAGGUGUCAUCCCACCUUGCAGGUGGUGGGGAGAGAUGCUGCAUUCUGUUGCCAUGACAGUGGAAGUCCUCUUUGUUAUGUUGUUUCUGACCUGUACUCAGUGUAAUCCCGUGGCAGACUUGUCAGUGAGCCGGGAACGCUUGGAGCGUGUCCUGACCCAGGCCAGAGAGGACAAGCAGGACAAGCAGCAGGCCUCAGUGGGGGCGCUCAGCUACAGCACCCAACAGCGGCUGGAGGAGAUCAGCUUCAUGGGCCUGGAGGCCAACAGAGGGGCAAGCAAUAUAACCUCUGUCAACAGAUCCAGGCCAAACUCCAUCUCCCAGAAACUUGCUGGAUCCAAGGGUGGGAAGGCAUCACAGGAGUUGUGGGAAGAGCAAGAGGGGGGCCUGAGCCGAGUAGACGAGGGUCCCACGAGUGAAACAAAUCUCUCUCUUGACGCUAACGAUGAGUACGCAUAUCCAGAUUACAGGGGGAAGGGCUGCAUGGAUGAGAGUGGCUUUGUGUUUGCCAUUGGGGAGACGUUUACCCCAGGGCCCUCCACAUGCCCUUGCCUCUGCACGGACGAGGGACCCCUGUGUGCCAAGCCUGAAUGUCCCAAAGUUCACCCUCGCUGCAUCCGGGUGGACACCAGCCAGUGCUGUCCAGAGUGCAAGGAGAAGAAGAACUACUGUGAGUUCAGGGGAAAGGUCUACACAAUGCUACAAGAGUUUAAGGUGUCUCCGUGUGAGAAGUGUCGCUGUGAGGGGAGUGGAGAGGUGUUGUGCUCUGUGUCAGCUUGCCCUAAAACAGAGUGUGUGGACCCAGAGUAUGAGCCUGAUCAGUGCUGCCCCAUCUGUAAGAACGGUCCAAACUGUUAUGCAGACACACAAGUGAUCCCAGCUGGACGCGAGGUGAAGAUUGAUGACUGUACAAUCUGUUACUGCACGUAUGAGGAGGGCACGUGGCAGAUUGAGCGCCAGGCCACCUGCAGCAAGAAUGAAUGCUAGCAGAGCUAGAGACUGGCCCUGGAAUUGGGCAUGGGGUCCAUGGGUGCUCCCACCGUGUCCAUGCCAGUAAGUACGCAACUCAAUGCUAGCCUGACUAAACCAGAUUGAACGCUGGUGAGCACAAACAAUGAUGAGCGCACCGUUCAUUCUGGUUUGACCAGGCUAACUCAACGCAGCCUUCACUGAGUCUAAACCUGACUUCAGGGUCACCCUCCAGACCGUAUGAUUUCUGCAUUUAUAAUCACAUGGAUUAUUAAAUCAAGCUUUGUAUGAAGAUUUGUAAUCCACAUACAGACUAUCUAUUUAUCUAUGUACUGAAUGAUUUAUGGAACUAGCCAAAUAUAUAUUUUUUAUAGGCACUGUAUUUUAUUAAGCUGCUAUGUAUUGGGUUAGAGGUCAAAUAAACAUCAUGGAAUGUAUAGAAUCCUUACUGUAUAGCUGUCUGUGUUUUAUAGAGGUAGAAAACACACAGGCGGUGUCAUUACCUGAAGUUAACCAAUUGGUAAGGUUUCAAUAUGACAACUUUACACCAUUUUGAAAAUAACUUAGUGAAGAAAUGUAAGAAAUGACUUGACUGUUUAAUGAUUUAGCUCCCUUUUUUUGCUAUUUCAAUGUGUUUUGAUUUUAUGUGCAUUUUGUAAGAAGUUCUCUAUUAUGUAUUCAUGUUUGAAAUAAACAGCAACCUGUGCACUGUAGGUGCUUGUAUGGUAA